UUCGGGGCAAAGUCCGGCUGCUGGGUCGAACACAAAUAGUCCUGACAGUAUCGCUAGUUGUUAAACCAACACAACCUACCACAAAACAAGGCUGUGAGACGAGAAACCAAGACACUGACGAGGAUGGACACAACAUCUUCAUUUAUCAAAUCCGUGACCAAGCGAGUGUGGUCUCCACCACAGCGUCCCUUCAGAGUCUGUCGUCAUGACAGGGAGACCAGGAAGGGCAUCACAGCCGGGACCCUGGAGGAGCUGAAAGAGAGGGUGUGCCAGGCUCUGCUGCUGCCCCUGUCUGCGACGUCUCUGUCCCUGGCCUGUGAGGAGGACGGCACGGAGGUGGACUCCGACGAGUUCCUCAUGACCCUGCCCGACAACACCAUGCUCAUGGCCUUGGAGCCUGGACAGACGUGGAGACCACAGCCGGGUGCGGUCGUGUCCAGAUCCCAUGAGCUCAGCAAGCCUCGCACCGGGAGAGACAUCGCUCGCGUCACCUUUGACCUUUACAGGAUGAGCCCGAAGGAUGUUUUCGGCUCCCUGAAUGUGAAGGCCACCUUUCAAGGCCUGUACUCUGUGAGCGCUAACUUUGAAUGUCUGGGGCCCAAGAAAAUCCUCAGAGAAGCCCUGCGCGUGGCCUCCGCCCUGCUGCACGCCGCCGGCCACCUGCUUAUCACUUCGGCCUCCAUGAUCCGCCGCAUCAUCGAAGGCGCUGAGCUUUGGCAGCCGCAGAGGACCGAGUACACGGCCAGCUGGAACUAACAGAGCCGAGAGAGAAAGAGAGAGAGACCUAUUCAUCUGAAACAUCUGGUCCGAUUGUGUAGUCUGGAUUAGAUCUUGAAUAGUAUUCCCUUCACAGAGCAUCGCGUUGGGAAACUAUGGUUUAGUCUGAAUGUCCUGCCAGUUACCUUUAAUGAGGCCAUCUGUCAUAUCUGUGACAGUAAAUCAUGAUAGACUUAUGUAUAUGGUAGAUUUAUGAUGUGAUAUGCUUCAGGUUAUAGACAGAAUGUAACAGACAAAAUAAAUGUCUGUAACAGCAGAGGAAUUGUAAAUCUUUAUAACAUGAAAAUGUGCGUCAUAGGUUGACAUUUGUGCAAUAUAUACAUAAUGCUCGAAUAUA